UUCAGAAGCUAGCUAAAACAUAAAGAAAUAAUGGAGAGUUUGAUGGUAGAGAUAGCCAAGACAAUUUGGUGGAUACUAGUUAUUGGAGUGUUAGGUUUAGGGAUUAGGGUGUACGGCAAAGUGAUGGCGGAGCAAUGGAGGGUGCGGAGGAAGCUGACGAUGCAAGGAGUGAAAGGUCCUCCGCCGUCGCUUUUUGGUGGAAACGUGCCGGAGAUGCAAAAGAUCCAAUCACAAACUAAACACUACUCUGGCGAUAAUAUCAUUGCCCAUGACUACACUUCUUCUCUCUUUCCUUAUCUCGACCAUUGGCGAAAACAAUACGGGAGGGUGUACACGUACUCGACGGGGGUGAAGCAACACUUGUACAUGAACCACCCAGAGUUGGUGAAAGAACUUAACCAAGCCAACACUCUAAACCUUGGGAAAGUCUCUUACGUCACGAAACGCCUUAAAUCCAUACUUGGUCGUGGUGUCAUCACCUCUAAUGGGCCUCAUUGGGCCCAUCAACGACGUAUCAUCGCCCCUGAGUUCUUCCUCGACAAAGUCAAGGUGAUGGUGGGAUUGGUGGUGGAGUCGGCGAUGCCAAUGCUCAGCAAAUGGGAAGAGCAGGUGAAAAGAGGAGAAGGUGAAACUGCGUGUGACGUGAGAGUGGACGAAGACCUAAGAGCUGUCUCUGCUGACGUUAUCUCUAGAGCUUGCUUUGGGAGCUCUUUUGCCAAAGGCAAAGAGAUCUUCUCAAAGCUUAGAUGUCUUCAAAAGGCCAUCACUCACAAUAACAUCCUCUUCAGUCUCAAUGGCUUCACUGAUGUUUUGUUCGGGACUAAGAAGCAUGGGAACGGGAAGAUUGAAGAGUUGGAGAAGCAUGUUGAGUCUUUAAUAUGGGAAACUGUUAAAGAGAGGGAAAGAGAAUGUGUGGGAGAUAACAAGAAGGAUCUAAUGCAGUUGAUACUAGAAGGGGCUAUGAGUAGUUGUGACGGUAGCUUGGAGGACAAGACACAAUCUUACAAAAAUUUCGUGGUGGACAACUGCAAGAGCAUCUACUUUGCCGGCCAUGAGACCAGCGCAGUUGCUGUCUCUUGGUGUCUUAUGCUCCUCGCUCUCAACCCUUCUUGGCAAACUCGGAUCCGCGAUGAAGUCUUUCGUUUCUGCAAGAAUGGUAUUCCUGACGCAGACUCUCUUUCCAACCUCAAAACGGUGACAAUGGUUAUCCAAGAAACCUUAAGGUUAUACCCACCAGCAGCAUUUGUGUCAAGAGAAGCCCUUGCAGAUACAAAACUCGGAAGCCUCGUGGUGCCAAAGGGAGUGUGCAUCUGGACAUUGAUCCCUACAUUGCACAGAGACCCUGAGAUAUGGGGAGCUGACGCGAAUGAGUUCAAGCCAGAGAGAUUUAGCGAAGGAGUCUCUAAAGCAUGCAAACACCCUCAGUCCUUUGUUCCGUUUGGCUUAGGGACAAGGUUGUGUUUAGGGAAAAACUUUGGUAUGAUGGAGCUUAAGGUUCUUGUGUCACUUAUUGUGUCAAGGUUUAGUUUCACUCUCUCUCCCACAUAUCAACACUCUCCAGUGUUUAGAAUGCUUGUAGAGCCUCAACAUGGUGUUGUCAUUAGAGUUCUAAGACAAUAAUUAAUAUCUUAUAGCUUAUGAUUUUAGUUUUUUUUUUACUCCUAUGUAAUAUCUUAUUACACUAUAGUCUAUAGUAAUAGUGUUUUUACGUAAUUAUAUUAAAUUUUAAAUGUGUUUAGAGUGAACA